AAAACAGACGAGAGAAGCAUAGUGCUUUAUUUUUGUUAUCCUGUGUAUAAACGUAAUUAGUGUAUGGUAGUAGAACUGGUAUAAUCAUCUUUUAAGUUAAGCCACCGGAGGAAUCUAGCAGAGGUCACCGGAUAUUUCGCUUUAAUCCGCCGUUUUGAUUCUCUCUCCUCCAAUCAACAUAAUUAUACGAUUCCUACGACGUCCACACGUGCAAAAGCUGAAUGUGGUACAGAUCAGCUUCUUUCAUUCUCGACAAACAACAAGAAGAAAACGACGCUGAAGGAAAGCCUGAGAGCCGCCUGCUCUCUACGGCUAGCCCUUCUUCCUCGAUGGCCGACACUUUACAGAACCCUAACCCUCAAAUCUCGGCAUACUACCAGACCAGGGCGGCUCAUCACGGUGUCGUCACCACCGACUGGCUGGCCCAGGCCCAGGCUGCCGUUGGCCGCGACCCCGACGAUGGCGUCUCGGAGAUUUCGAUCAUUUCGACUGAUUCUGGCAAGCAAUUGAGUGUGAUCGACGAGUUCAAUAACUGGCGGAAACAGCCUGAUCUGGCGGAAGCGGUGGCGGCGAUUAGGGCUUUGGCUUGGGUUAUUCGAUCCAGCGAGGCCACUACGAUGAUGGAGCUCGAAAUUGAACUCAAGAAAGCUUCCGAUUCCCUCAAAUCAUGGGACACAACCUCCAUCUCUUUGACAGCUGGCUGCGAUCUGUUCAUGCGCUACGUAACAAGAACUUCAGCUCUGGAAUAUGAGGACUUUAAUUCGGCUAAGUCUCGCCUUCUUGAACGUGCAGAGAAAUUUGGGGAGAUAUCUUAUAAGGCUCGCAAAAUCAUUGCCAUGCUUAGUCAAGAUUUUAUUUUUGACGGUUGUACCAUUUUGGUGCAUGGUUUCUCUCGAGUGGUGUUGGAAGUUUUGAAGACAGCUUCACAAAGUAGGAAGCUCUUUCGAGUUUUAUGCACAGAGGGAAGGCCAGACAGGACAGGAUUACGAUUGUCCAAUGAGCUAGCAAAGCUUGAUGUUCCUGUGAAGCUCUUAAUAGACUCUGCUGUGGCAUAUAGUAUGGAUGAAGUAGACAUGAUAUUUGUUGGGGCGGAUGGAGUGGUGGAAAGCGGAGGUAUAAUUAACAUGAUGGGGACUUAUCAAAUUGCAUUGGUGGCUAAAAGCAUGAACAAACCGGUUUAUGUGGCUGCUGAAAGUUAUAAGGUAUGUGAAAACAAAUCUCGAGGAGCUUGAUUGAAUUGCUUUGGCUGUUGCUCAGCUUGGACAAACAGUUUGACAAAGACAAACUUAAAAUUGGAUUAUAGCAGAUAUUGAACUUUUAUCAAUUGAUUUUCACUGAGAUCGUAUAUUGAUGUUCGUCGGUGUUUCAGUUUGCUCGCCUCUAUCCAUUGGACCAAAAAGACAUGGUCCCUGCCUUGCGCCCAAUCGAUUUUGGGGUACCCAUCCCAUCAAAGGUCGAAGUUGAAACAUCAGCUCGGGAUUAUACACCUCCACAAUAUCUUACCCUACUCUUUACAGAUCUGGGAGUCCUAACGCCAUCUGUAGUAAGUGAUGAGCUAAUCCAGCUAUACUUAUAGCCAUGGUUCUAUCUAAAUUUAUUGACAAGUAGUGAAAACAUAGUGAGUGGACUAGUGUUUUGUCCCGUUGUUUUUCCUUGGACAGAUUGUGUAUUAUUGCUUUACAAUUCCCAUUUCAGUGCAACUUUGGGUUAGAUUUUGGAUGCAAUUCAGAAUGUGCAUGUGUGGCUUGUGCAUUUUUGUAUGCGGCCACAGAUUA